UCCGCGUCGGCGACGAUAAUAGUAAACCAUUUACUAAAAUUAUUGGCCAAUUCGGAAACACACACUUAGCUAUACACUCAGCAGCAUAUAAUAUUAUUAACGUUAAAUCCGUUUGACACCAGUCGGUUUUGUUUUUCGCCCUCGUCACGAUGGCACCCAAUGCCCACGAAUCAGAGCCUGUACGCGCUCCAGCCGCCGCCAAGCCCGACGUGCUGUCGGACGAGUUUGGCUUCCAACCCGAAGACAUCGUCAUCAGCGGUUUUUCCGGUCGGUUUCCCGAAUGCGACAGCAUCGACGAGAUGAGGCAGAAGCUGUACGCUGGCGUGGACAUGGUCACCGCGGAGCCCACAAGAUGGCCUACCGGUCUGUACGGUGCCAUCAUGAGAACUGGAAAAAUGAAGGACCUUACACAAUUCGACGCUGAAUUUUUCGGCUACCCUCCUGCUUUGGCUGAACGUAGUGAUCCGCAACAGAGAAUGCUGUUGGAAGUUGCUUACGAAGCAAUCGUCGAUGCAGGACUUCAUCCGAUGGCUUUGAAGGGCUCACGUACCGGUGUAAUCGUAGCUCUAUCAUCCAGUGAAACGUGCGAUUGGUGGUCCAAAGACCCAGAAAUCGUCAACGGGUAUGAAUAUUUGGGCACCUCCAGAACGAUGAGCGCUAAUCGCGUGUCCAACUACUUCGACCUCAAGGGACCUAGCUAUUCCAUCGACACGGCGUCUUCCACCAGUUUGAUCGCCCUCCACCAAGGCUUCAAGCUCGUUCAAGAUGGUGUUUGCGAAAACUGUAUCGUGGCCGGUGUCGAUCUUGUGUUGAACCCAACUGUAUCACUCAUGUUCCAAAAUUUGAACAUGUUGUCGCCCGGCGGCAAGUGCCGAUCGUUCGACGCUGAAGGUGAUGGAUAUGUGCGAUCAGAGGGCGUUGUUGCCGUGCUGUUACAAAGAGCCAAAAACGCGAAGCGCAUCUAUGCCAGUGUGUUGAACACCGGAAGUAACGCAGAUGGAUAUAAAGACGAGGGUAUUACAUUCCCUUCGCAAGAAAUGCAAAUUUCUCUGUUUACGAGAGUCCAAAAAGAGGUUGGCGUUAAAUCGACUGAUCUGGCUUUCAUGGAAGCUCACGGAUCUGCUACCAAGGUGGGCGACCGUCAAGAAGUUGGCGCGAUCGUUGAAGUGUUCUGUAAAGGAAGAACUGCUCCGCUUCUUAUAGGGGCUCUCAAGUCGAACAUGGGCCACGGUGAACCAGCCUCCGCCCUAUCUGCUGUCAUAAAAGUCCUCGUAGCCAUGGAAUGUAGACUUUUGCCACCCAACUUGCACUACAACAUUCCGAAUCCAGACAUCCCCGCUCUUGUAGACGGAAGAUUGACUGUCGUAGAAAACGUCGUUCCAUGGAACGGUGGUAUUGUUGCAGUCAACUCAUUCGGCGUAGGUGGCGCUAACGGACAUUGUCUGAUGAAAUCAUAUACCCAACAGAAGAAAGAACAGCAAGUGCUAGAAGAGGAAUUACCUAGAUUGGUGGCAGUAUCCGCCAGAAAUAAAAGCGCAAUAAACUACAUGAUAAGCCGAAUCGAUGAAAUGCCCAGAGACAAAGAGUUCUACGCCUUGUUGUACUCCGUACACAGUGAACACAUAUUUGGCCACAAAUAUAGAGGUUACAUUUUGUUUAACGGAAUGUACGACAAGACUCGUCAGAUCGCUGAGUUUGAUGGCCAAAAGAAACCAGUCGUUUUUGUUUUACCCGGCGUGGAGGCAUUCUGGGCUGAUGUGGGUAAUCAAUUAAAAGAUUUGCACGUGUUCAAUGAGUCGAUCACGCAGAGUGCGAAUUUAUUAAAACAAAAAGGGUACAAUUUACGUUCAGUGUUGAGAAAUACAGAUCUCGUAUCGAUAAGCGAUCCAUUUUUGUUCGUCGUGGCUACGACCGUUGUUCAAAUUGCUCUUUUGGACGUCCUAAAAAGUCUCGAAAUAACGCCCGAUUAUAUAGUCGGAGAAUCGUUCAGUGAACUGGCUGCCGCAUACGCAGAUGGUGUUUUGACAGCAGAAGAAGCAGUUUUAUCGGCCUACGCUAUUGGUAGUGUAUUGGUUGAAGCGAAAAUCCCCGCAUCUAAAAAUGGACCCGUGUUAUCUUCUCAGAACGUAUCAAAAAUAUCCAAACAAUUGCAGUCCGCUUUACAAUCCAUCAUCCCUAAACCAAAAGCCAUAUCGUCUCGAUGGGUUAGCGCUUCGCAGUCAUUAGGAAGCCAACCAGUGUCAUCGACAUACUUUGUCAAUAGCUUAUCUGCACAGUUAUCCGUUCAAGACUCGUUGGCAAAAUGUCCCGAAAAAUCAAUUUAUAUUCAAAUCCUCGACCAAAAACGAGCACAAAACUACAUUGCAAGUAAUUUACAUUCUGACGCCAAACACAUAAACCUGAUUACAGAUGCUAAAGAUAUGUACAAACAGCUGUUGUUGAGCGUAGGAAACUUGUUCAAUGUCGGUCUUCAACCACAAAUUGAACAUCUGUACCCGCCAGUGAAAUUCCCCGUGUCCGCACGUACCCCUAUGAUCCAAUCAUUAAUCGAAUGGGAUCAUUCUGUUAAAUGGGGCGUAGUUAAUUUCUGGGGCAAGCCAGUUUCUAAAGCCGGCCAAGUCACAUUAAACGUAGAUGUCAAUUCCAAUCAAUUCAGUUUUUUGAAGAACAAUAAAAUUGACGACUUAUUCAUUUUACCUUACGCUGGUUACCUGUCAUUAGUUUGGCAAGGUUUUGCUGAGUUGUUGUAUCAAGAUCAAAAUGAACUGCCAGUUGUGUUCAAGAAUGUGGAAUUCUUAAGAAAGACAGUCAUCCCAGAACAAGGUGUACUUAAGUUUGAUUUGAGCAUAUUAGCAUCUGGUGAAUUUGAACUCAAAGAAUCCGGUAAGAUUGUUGCUUCUGGUCAAAUUAGCACAUCGGCUACGAUUGAAAAAGAAUUAUCGAAAUUGGUUACGCCCAAAAACAAAAAACCUCAAUACUUACCGUUGGAUUCAUCUGAUGUUUAUAAAGAAUUGCGUUUGAAAGGUUACGAUUACAAAGGUCCAUUCAGAGGGAUCCAAAAAGUAGAUCACACAGGAUACUAUGUGAAUUUCGAUGGAAAUUGGUUAGCAUUUUUAGAAAAUCUAUUCCAAAUAUCAGUGUUGCAAUUAGAUAAUUAUAAUUUAUAUAUUCCGAAAUUCGUAAAAAAAGUAGUCAUCGAUCCUAUGAAACAACAAAUACAAACUGAAAAUAGCGACAAUGUUAUCCCAGCUAAUUAUUAUAAGUACGUUGACGUGAUUAAGGCCGGAAACGUUGAAGUCCGUGGAUUACAAUUAGAAGAGGUUCCAUUGAGAAACAAAGGACAAAAAGAUCCUAAUUUAGAGUUCUACACUUUCCAACCAUAUGUUUCUGAUACGCCAACAACAUAUGCUUUAGACACAUGUGUUCAAUUAGCUUUUGAAAACAGUGGAGGUGCUUUCAAGCUAAAAGUUGCUGAGGUAGGAACUGGUAGAAAACCAGAAUCGCUGUACGCAAAAUCCGUCAUUGAUGUGAUCAACACCGAACCAAUGCCAAGCGUGGAAGUAACUGUGUUCACCGACCAACCAGCUCCUGUCGCGGAGCAAUUUGAUGAAUUUGGUGUUCGAGCCGUAGAGAAGGAUGUAUACAGUCCGGAACCGAUCGAUUCUAACUGUCAUCUAGUAAUCGCCGUCGAUCAACUGAGUAACGCGGUGUUGGCGAAAAAUGCUGUCGACAGUUUAAAAGUUGGCGGUUGUGUACUGUUUGUUGAAAGCAAAAAACCAUCUGAACAACAACUCAACUCGACGGGAUUGGAAUUAGUAGCCAAUUUAAAAUCGAAAGAUAAUAAAACAUUCGUUCUCCUCCGAAAAAAUGUAAGCUGGUCCACACCGAUCGUGGUGAACUGCACUGGCAAUGACUUUGCUUGGAUUGAACCAUUUAAAUCGGCACUCCAACGGGCCGAACAAGAAUCCAAACAAGUGCUCUUAGUUAGUCAAGGAGUCAAGUACUCCGGAGUAUUAGGUUUUGUGAAUUGUAUUAGAUUGGAACAAAACGGAAACGCAUUGAGAUGUUUGUUCAUCGAAGACCCGAAAGCCCCGAAAUUUUCGUUGACUUCCGAUUUCUACCAGAAGCAAUUGAAAAAAGAUCUGCUCAUCAACGUUUACCGCGACGGUGUCUGGGGUAGCAACCGACAUUUCCUGUUGUCAGAAGAUUCCAACGAUGUGGUCGUACCAAAAGAAUACGCAUACAUAUCCACUAGAAAGGUUGGAGAUCUAUCAACACUAAGUUGGAUUGAAGGUCGCCUACAACAUUACAAACCCGAAGACUAUCCGGGACGAGAGCUGUGCACAGUGUACUAUGCACCGCUGAAUCACAUGGACGUGCUGUUCGCAGAACGUUCGUGGUUACCGUUCUUCAACACGGACACCGCCGACCAGGGUGCAUUUUUGGGCCGAGAGUUUGCCGGCCGCAACGCAAAGGGCCAAAGAGUGUUUGGACUGGUAUCCGGUAGCGCCCUCGCCACUCACGUGUUAGCCGACAGCUCGACUCUGUGGGAAGUUCCCGACAAGUGGACUCUCGAGCAAGCGUCUACGGUUUCCGUUGCGUACGUUUUGGCUUAUUAUGGACUGUUUAUACGUGGUAAACUUCAACCGAACGAAUCAGUGUACCUUAACUCUGGUACAAAUUACACGAUAUUAGCUGCUCUCAGUAUCUUAAAAGACAGCAACAUCAAAGUAUACGUCGGAGUAGACAACGAAUCUCAAAGAGCAUAUCUACAAAAAAUGUACCCGAAGAUCCAAGACAAUAUCGUCAACAGUAAAUUCGGCGAACAAGAGAUACUCGAAAAAACCAAUGGAAAAGGUGUGAAUUUAAUCUUCAACACGCUUGAAUCCACUCCAUUUAAAUUACAGAGUUUCAUCCACACUGUAGCGGAAAGUGGACGUAUCGUAGAGUUUGAAAAACAAAAGCAAGCAAUCGAAUCCAUCGGUGUUACCGGAAACUUGAAGAACAUUACCAUCAUAAAAAUGAACUUGAAGAGUUUAUUCCACGGAAAAUAUUCACUGGUCGAUAAACAAGAGCUCUAUAAACUCAUAGCAAAUGGAAUUAAAACCGGCGAAGUACAGCCAUUGCCCACGACAGUAUACUCUACUGAUAAAAGUUUAUUAGAAGCUUUCGACAAGACCGUAAGUUUCAACUAUUUCGGUAAAAUUGUAUUAAAAGUCCGUGAUGAAGAAUCGAAAAAAGUCGUCGUUCCAGCGCCCAAAAAAGUAUUGGCAGUGCCGAAAACAUUUGUUGACCCAGAAAAUACAUAUGUCGUAAUCGGUGGUCUAAGCGACUUUGGUCUACUAAUGGCCAACUUUUUGGUGACGAGAGGUGCGAAAAAAAUAGUAUUGGUGUCUAGCAGCGGAGUUCGUACCGGAUUCCAAUCGUUAUUCAUGCGUAGGUGGAAAGAAAAGUUCAUCGAGGUUGCCAUCAUUGAAUACGAUACGACUAAACCGGAAGAAACUGAAGCGCUGUUGAAGGAAGCCAACAUAAUGGGACCAGUCGCUGGAAUAUUCCACGUGGAUUCUGUGUUACACAGUGUUUCGGCUACAGAUCUGACCGCGACCGAUUUCCGCACAGCAUUCGACCAGAAAGCUGCGUCCGUCAAAAAUCUUGACACGGCCUCCCAAAAACUGUGUCCGAAACUCAAACAUUUCUUAGUCUGGUCCUCGGGAACUUCUGGACACGGUACAGCCGGCCAGGCCGAUCACGGUUACACUGACUCAGCGAUAGGAAAGAUAUCAGAAGCUCGACAAGCGGCGGGAUACCCAUCGACUGUCGUUGAAUGGGGAGCGAUUGGAGACGUUGGUCCGAUUUUGGAAUCGUUUGACGAUAACAAUGCGAUCGUAAACGGUACUUUGCCUCAGAGAAUCGCUUCAUGUCUGAAUGCGGUCGACAACUUCCUAAAUCAGCCACAUGCCGUGCUAUCGAGCUCGGUUCUCGUGGAAAAGAAGAUGGCUAACGUCGAGACUGUGUCCGUUGGGCCUGUCGACGCCGUCGCUAAAGUUUUAGGUAUCAAAGACGUCAAGAACGUUUUGGGUACAUCUACGCUGACCGAACUUGGUUUGGACUCGUUGUUGGGAACCGACAUCAAACAAGUGCUGGAACAAGACUUCAACAUCGAACUCAGCGCCAAAGAAAUCAGGGAACUGACAUUCGACGCAAUCAGAGAACUCCAGUUCAACUAGGGAUUCGACGGCAGAGUCUAAGACUAGUAUGUUGUUGCUGUGACUCGAAAACCGUGUUAUCUUGUCAUUUUUUGUGAUUGAUAAUGUACUAUUUAAUAGAUAAUAUAUAUAUAUGAUUGUUAUUAUUAUGCUGUAGAAUUUAGAAUAAAGUGAACUAAAAUAAAAAUAAAA